AUGCUGCUGCCAGCCUUGCUGUGCGUAGUCACCUGCCGUCUGCUGAGCGUGCGCACUUCACUCAGUUUAAGACCGCUAAGACCCUGUUCGAUGCUGUCGUUGCGCGCUACUCCUCCCCUGCCUCUGCUGCCCUUAGCCGCCUCAUGCUCCCCUACCUUUUCCCUGACCUCGCCGCCUUUGCUACAGUCGCUGACCUCAUUACACACCUCCGCACUAGUGACACCCGCUACCGUGCUGCGCUUCCUGCUGAGUUCUGCGCCAAGAACCCCCCCCCCCCCCCCCAUGUAUAUCAUCCUCUACUACCUAGUCACCCGCCUCCCUGACUCCCUUCGCUCAGUCAGGGACCAUUUCCUGGCUGUCUGCCCUACCACCCUCACCGUUGACCUCCUCGAGAAGGAGCUCCUUGCAGCUGAGAAGAGCAUAGUCGCUGUAGGAGCCUCUCGAGGUGACCCCCGUGCCCCUAUCUUUGAGGGGUGCUCCCCUGUUCCCCUUUUGCCCUCUGUUGCCUCUGCUGCUGCUGUCGACCUCCUUGGCACUGAGUCGGUCGGCGCUGCGUCUGCCCCUAGCGGGAGGCGCCGCAACAGCAAGGGCAAGGGAGGCAAGGGUGCUGGAGGAGCUGGCGGGGGUGGUGGUGGUGGUGGUGGAGGCGGCAAGGGGGGUGGGGGUGGAGGUGGGAGUGGGGGCGGAGGUGGGGGCUCUGGUGGCGGCGGUGGAGGCGGAGGCAGCAGCAGUGGCAGCGGUGGGAGUGGAGGAGGUGGAGGUGGCGGCGGUGGCAGCGGAGGAGGCAGUGGCGGUGGUGGCGGUGGCGCUGGUCGGGGUGGCUCUGUGUAG